AUCGACACAAACACAGUGAACACAAAGCUCCAACUGUCUGACAACAACAGGAAGGUGACACGUCUGGAGGAGGUUCAGUCAUAUCCUGAUCAUCCAGACAGAUUUGAUGGUUGUAAACAGCUGCUGUGUAGAGAUGGUCUGACUGGUCGCUGUUACUGGGAGGUCGAGUGGAGAGGAGACGUUUAUAUAUCAGUGAGUUACAGAAGCAUCAGAAGGAAAGGAGGCACUUAUCACUGUGUGUUUGGAUACAAUGAUCAGUCCUGGAGUCUGAUCUGCUCUGAUGAUGGUCCUCAGUCUGUCUGGCACAAUAACAGAUCAACAUCCAUCUCCUCCUCCUCCUCCGCUGUCUCUAACAGAGUAGCAGUGUAUGUGGACUGUCCUGCUGGCACUCUGUCCUUCUACAGAGUCUCCUCUGACACUCUGAUCCACCUCCACACCUUCAACACCACAUUCACUGAAACUCUUUAUCCUGGGUUUACAGUCUAUUCUUUUCCUCCUGGUUCCUCAGUGUCCCUGUGCUGA